GCCUCCAACCUCUGCCUCCACGAGUGCGAGGAGCACAUCGCCCUCGCCGCUCUGCCUCGGCCCGAGGCGGCGGCCGCGGCGGGCCCCCCGCCUGGGUCGCGGCGCCCGCCGCAGGGGACCGAGGCGACUCGGACGAGGUGCACCCGCAGAGGCUGGUCGGGCGGAUGCCGGCGAGGCUGGUGCAGCGGGCUCGGCCAGGACGCGGCAGAACAGGCGGGCGCUGGCUGCCGGCGCCCGGCAGCCGGCGGGACCUCCGACCCCUGGCGUGAAGAAGCAGAACCAAGCGCGCGCGCGCCGUAA